CAAAGUGACAUACCGUUUAAGUAAGAAGACAAAUACGUGUCUCUGACGUUGAUGUAAUUAAGAAAUUAAAGCAAUCAAGCUGUAUUUUGCAACAUAAUUACCCUGUGUUCCAGUUUUAAUUUAGCAUUAUGGCAGCAUUGCCAAAUGGGGAUGCUUACACAACUGAUAUUCUUCCUUAUCGUGUAUAUCCUUUGGAAAUACCGACCCUCUUAGAAAUCGCAGAAGUUCUGCAAAAUGGAAUGCAACCCCUGUUCCAACGAGUGAACGUCGACAUAGCUAGCUGUCCUAAUCUAAGUACUGCACCAUAUAAUCUUGCCGGAGUAGGAUUAGGUGGCUACACAUCGAUAGUAGAACUCUUUCUUCUCGAACCAAAUGUACCGUGGAAUCAAAGAACACGGGAUUUUCAAGAAAUAUUCACAACCAGUUGCCGUGAUGCCUUUGUUAUUGGAACUUCUUACGCUACAAAACCAAGCAUGCCUUAUUAUGGACAUCUCAUUAUGAAUGCAACGUAUAGAGCACCUAUGGAUAUUAGGAACGAGAGUCGCCUUAUUUUCGCAGAGAGGGGUAACGGACAGACAAGAAUAGAAAAGUUAACUGAUCCUAACCAAAUGAAAUACACCAACAAAGGCAUUUUCUUUGUCAGCGAGGGUAGGGGGGGCCAUGUUAUCAGAGUGCGUGCAAAAGGUCGAAAAACUAUUAACACAGAUAUCAUAACGGUUCUUUACGAAAAAUAUGAGAAUGACAAUAAAUUUGUUGCUUUAGGUGGUGUUUUAAAAAUGACAAACGGAAGUGUGGCCUGUAAUCUUAUGUGGGACGAUUAUGAGGAGCCGUUAGGAUCAUUUGAUGAUAUUAUUAGAAGACAGCAAUGUGCCGAGAUACAUCUAGAGUCAGAUAUGAUAGCCAUUGGUACAAUUAUUAAUGAUAAGCCAGUACUAAUACCUCAGGAACAGCGUUACGGUGUUUAUCAAUUAAAUCAGGAAUGA